GAUCGAGAAGAAACACAAUUCGGAAUUAAGUACCUGGUUAAGUGGUGUGACGAAGCUGAUGGGUUUCGGUGGGAUGACACAUGGAAGUAUGGUGUAGGACUUCGUGAGGACGGCUUCGAUCGUACGUGCAAUGUGGUGGACGAGUGGAAAGUGUCCAAAGUGUCUACAUACUACCAAUUUUGCAAGCUAAAUGGACAUUGUCACCACAUUGGAGCAUCGCCCGAAGGCUUAUGUGCGUUUUACGCGCUAGGUAUUGCGACUGAGCUGGUGGGUAACGCCGGUUGGUACUCCAUGGCUCAAGCUAGUCAAUUUAUGAGGGAAUGUGCAGGAAGGGGUAAACCGAUUUCGGCCGAGGGGGUGACGUAUGGUGAAUUGCGCUGCUACGUGAAGUUUGCGAAUUGGAGGAAUCUGAAGCAGGUGAGCACGACGCUUUUGGAUAAAAACGUGUUCGGGGGUGUGACCAGCCACCAAUCGACUAGUAAAUUGUGCGCAGUUGUGCUCGAAGAAGGUGUCUAUAUCUGUGCUGCUUUUAGUUCACUGCGAGUGACGCACCCUUUUAUUAUUGCUGUUGUGGAUGGGAAGAAAUUCAUCUACGACGAC